ACAGUAAAAAAUGGGGAGAUCACCAGGUUGCGAUGAGAAUGGGCUAAAGAAAGGGCCAUGGACACAAGAAGAGGAUGAAAAAUUGGUCGAUCACAUUCAAAAUCAUGGCCAUGGAAACUGGAAAGCUCUUCCUAAGCAAGCAGGUUUAAACCGAUGCGGAAAGAGUUGCAGAUUAAGAUGGAUCAACUACUUGAGACCUGGCAUCAAGAGAGGAAAUUUCACUGAAGAGGAAGAAGAAACAAUCAUCAACUUCCAUUCCCUUCUUGGAAACAAGUGGUCGUCGAUAGCUGGUAAUCUUCCUGGGAGAACGGACAAUGAAAUAAAAAACUAUUGGAACACACAUUUGAGAAAGAAACUUCUCCAAAUAGGGAUUGAUCCGGUGACCCAUAGACCAAAAAGAACCGACCAUCUAAACCUCUUAGCUGCUCUUCCACAGCUUCUCACCGCAGCCGCAAAUUUCAACAGCCUCUUGAAUCUCAGUCAAAAUGUGCAAAUGGAUGCAACAACUCCUGCUCAAACCCGACUGUUUCACAAUAUGAUUCAAGUCCUUAGCAGCACCAAUAACAACAACAAUCCAUCUUCUUCUCCAUUAGCCAUGCAGACCAAUAACAAUCUCUUUGGUCAAUCUUUUUACUUAGAUAACCAAAAUCUUUUUGGUCAGUCUCAUCAAAACUUCUCUCAUAUUCUUGAGGAGAAUCAUGAUGAGGAUUUGAUAGUAAGUAACCAGACGAUUGAUGAUCCUAUGGAUUCUUUUUCUUCCCCAAUAGAAAUGAAUGUUCAAGAUGAUCAUAAGUCGCUUCCACUACUGGUUCUGGCUUCUUCUGUGGAAUCUAAACAAAGCCAGAUGAUGAUCAAGAACAACGACAUUGUUCAUUAUCAGCAUUGUCAUCAUGAUACUUCAAACCCUUCAUCAUCGAACUCCACGUUCACACAAGAUCAUCUUCAGUCAUGGUGUGGCACUAUUGAUGAUGAGGCAAGUGAUUCUUACUGGAAAGAUAUCAUAGAGCAAACGUGUUCGGAAUCAUGGCCGUUCCCUGAAUAAACAAGAAUGAAAAAGGAUCUCAAGAGAAAAUAGUUUUUUUUUUGUCCAUAGAGUUAUAUACAUAAAGAUCUUGUAAUUUUUCUUAUUCUUGUUUGUGAUUACCCUUUUAGAAUCUACCUUCACAUAGUUUAAAUAAUUUCAUAAGUUAGUUUCUUUUCCAGUUAUCAAUAUAAUACAUAAACGCA